UGUAAAAAAUAAAGCUUGCUGAUUCUGCUCAGCUGAAGUCGUGUAGUUACUUGUCGCAGAGCUCAGUCAUCAGCGGUGCUUGUUCAGUGACGAAGAACUAACUCACGAAUUGUCGCCUGAACGUAAGCCUCGGCCACAAUGAACCAUGGCUGGCCGUUCGAAGAGGAGCCGAGCUCCUUUAAAUCUUCAGCGCGUGCAGCGUGGCUAAAUGCUACCGACUACUCUUCUCCAACAGAGGGCCGUGUUUUCCUUGACGGAGAUAACCUGACUAUUCGAGCUCAGACCAGUCAGUCACUCUACCAAAGUGAAGACGGCCUUAAGGUUACUAGCAAUGUCAUGUUUCGAACAAAGCUCCUAGGCCAGCAGGAAAUCACUGAGCCUGAAGUCUUCUUCGGUGGUUCAAACAGCUCUGCUUCAAGUCAAUGUGUAAUUGCCAGCUUCUCACCGGACAAUCGAUACCAUGCCCAGAUUACUACGAGCAGUGAUAAGAAAUCUGAGAAAGCUGAUGACAAGUACCAUCUUGUGGUGACUGAAGUAGCUACUCAAAGGGCAACAUUCAUUGAUUUAUCUGCGCAGAAAGUUCAUGGAGCAGUUUGUCCUGCAGGUCAGUUUGGUGCAUUGUCGUGGUCACCAGAUUGCAGGAGCCUGGUUUAUGUAGCAGAUUCCAAGACACCUGCUACCAAGUCCUACUUCCCCACCAGCCUAGAUGUGAAAGAUGAUAAGGACACUGUUGAGGGUGAUGAAAACCUGUACCGAAGUAACUGGGGCGAGCAGCUGACAAAGUUCCAUCAUACUGUUUUGGUGGUUGUGAGGUGGAUGGAAGGAGAGCAAAGUGUGAAGAUCCUGGACAAUUUACCAGAUACUGCAUCUUCCGGACAGCCUGUCUGGAGGCCUGUCACCGACCCCACUGCUGGUGACAGCAUUGCCUUUGUAGCCUGGGAAGAAGAACAUCCCCGUCGUGGCCUGAUUUACUGCACCCAGCGUCCGAGUGACAUGUACAUUCACUACUUGAAGACCUCAACCACAGUUCCUAUUGGGCGCGUGAAGAAGUCUGUUCGUUCACCGACUUUCAGUCCAUCUGGCAACACCUUGGUAUUCUUGGAACAAGAUGCACGUGGUCCACACCAUGCUUGCAGCAGAUUGAUGCUGUAUGAUUGGAGUAGCAAGACCACAUCAAUCUGUGUUGAUCUUGUUCAUAGCUCACCUGGAAAUGAGUUUGCAGGUAUUUUUGUAUGGUCCGCUCUCUCCUCUCGUUGCUGGUCGUCAUGUGGACAGUAUAUCUUCUUCGAUACGCAGUGGAAGAGCCAGCAAGCGAUUGUGUGCGUUAAUGUGGCAACAGGAGAACUGGCACGCCUAUCUCCCGAGUCUGAAAUAGGCUGCUGGUCGGUGCUGGAUAUUGUGGACAACCUUGUGCUGGCAACUUACAGCAAUCCAUCAACCACUCCUGGUUUGAAAAUUCUAUCUGUAGAUUGCAGCUCAAUGGAGAGCGUAAGAAUGAGUCGGAAAUGGUUGGCAAUCACCACUCCCAGGCAACUCGCAGUUGACUUCAGGAUUGUUGAUCUUCUUCCUGAAGACUCACACCAAGCAGAGAGUGAAGCAAGUCAAAUUCCAUUUCAGGCCAUCUUUAUCUGUCCACAACACACAGAUGAAGAGGCAAAGCGUAAAGCACAUCCUUUGGUCGUCUUUCCUCAUGGUGGUCCACACUCAGCAUUUGUAUGUAGCUAUUCAGCUAUGCUUGCUGCCUGCGCAGCUCUUGGUUUCUACACUGUAGCCGUCAACUACCGUGGCAGCUCAGGGUUCGGUCAGGACAAUAUUUUGUCACUGCUUGGCAAGAUUGGUACCAAUGACGUGAAGGAUGUCCAGGUGGCCGCGCAGAGAGCUGUUGAUGAGUUGCCCAUUGAUAUGUCUAAGAUCUAUGUGCAUGGUGGAUCACACGGUGGAUUCCUGGCUGCACACGCUAUUGGCCAGUAUCCGUCUUUCUACCAGGCUGCUUGCAUGCGCAACCCUGUCAUAGAUUUGACCAGUAUGCUUGGUAUCACGGAUAUUCCAGACUGGGUACUUGUUGAAGGUGGCUGGGCAGAUGAACCUGAGAUGCCUCCCAACUCGCAGAUGAUGAAACAACUCGUGGACUGCUCGCCUAUAACUUACAUUGACAAGGUAACAGCAGCAACAUUGAUGUUGAUUGGUGAGCAAGAUGCACGUGUUCCUCCAUGUCAAGGGCAUCGUUAUGUAGCUCUUCUCAAGCAUCGCAAUGUCAAAUGCAGACUUCAAUCGUAUCCAAGUGAUUGUCAUCCUCUGAGCAGAGUCAAGACUGAAGCUGACGUCUUCAUGAAUAUGAUGGCCUGGUUCAAGCAGACAAUGACGUAUUGAACGGUGAUGAGUUUAUGGUGCUGGUGGUAGGCAUGUUCAAGUAUGUGUGUGUGUGUGUGUGUGUGUAUGUGUAUGUUUAUUGUGUAUGCAUGCAUGGGUUUGGCUUUGAGAGAGCUUGCCUGUUCUCUCAAUCGAUUGGUGCAUGUCUGUGCGUAUACAUGUAUGUGGGUGUGAGUGAGGCAACUCUGCAUUCUCCCUGUGCAGCGUUCCUCUAUUUUAUUUCUAGGUUAAUUGUGAUUUUUGAAUUCUUAGGCUAAUAACCUUCUGUUUCUUCUUGGCAUGCUUUUAGGGAUGCCUUUGUUUUACUUUUUGUCCAGAGCUGGAAAAUAGAAACUUUGCCACUUUUUUGCCAUUUGUUGCACCCAGCUUAAUAUUAACAUGUACACACAUACAUUCACGCACGCACACACACAUACACACACAUACACACACAUACACACACACACACACACACACACACGCACACGUGCAGGCACACGCACACGUGCAUGCACGUGUGCCCUUGCACACACUGUCACUACGUAUUAUUUUCCCUUAUGUACAUCUGCACUGCAUUGCUUUCUGUCGCUCUCUUCGCUCCGUGGAUUAGACUGCACUUUCCUUUGCAGCGUGCCCAUUGAAAUCAUUGAUAGAAAGAGCAGCAUAUCAAGUACAUGCUGCUACGAACCUCUUCAUCUGCAGGAUGAAAGUAGGGGUUUGACAGAGUGAA